AAGUCCCCUGGGUUUUUCUCUGCACCAUAUGAACAAACAGGCCAGUUCCGGAUAGGUUGUGGUUUCCAGAGGGAGACUUUUGAGGGACGGACAAAACAUGGCAGCCCCCAGAGAAUAAUUCAUGCUGUGCACAGACACCGGCGUAUUUAUUUAUUUAGAGUAUUGCAGCACCUGGUUCUCCCGCUCCUGCAGGCUCCUGUCAUGUUUGCCAAGCCCUUCAAAGCGAGGUCCAACACGGCCGUGAAAGGCUCAGACAGGAGAAAGCUGCGAGCCGAUGUCAACUCUGCAUUUCCUUCUCUGACUACCGAGAACCUGUCUGAACUAAUGCCAUCCAAAGAAGAGUUGAAUGUUGUUAAAGUGUAUGUUCACAAGGGAGAUGCUGUGACCAUCUACACCCACAACAGGAAUCCCAUCAUAUUUGAACUGGAAAGAAAUCUUUAUCCAACAGUUUAUGCUCUGUGGUGUUAUCCAGAUCUUCUCCCAGCUUUCGAUACCUGGCCACCAGUGCUUGAAAAAAUGAUAGGCGGAGCAGAUCUGAUGCUGCCUGGUGUUGUGGUGCCAUCUUCUGGUCUACCUGAGGUACAGCAGGGCAGACUAUGUGCAGUCACUUUAGUGGGAAACAGGGCUCCUGUGGCAAUAGGCGUGGCUACUAUGUCUACAAGAGAAAUGAAGGCAUCAGGAAUGAAGGGCAAAGGCUUCAACAUUUUGCACACCUACAGAGAUCAGCUGUGGGCUUAUGGUGACAAGUCAUGUCUUCCAAACAUGCCUCCAGUGGAAACCGAGAAUGCACCAGAAGUGGAGAAUGUGGAACAGAUCAUUUCCCAGAAAGCUGUGCCUGAAAACCAAGUUCCUGACAAGCAGUUGGAAAAUUUGUGUCUACUGGAAGUUGCAUCAGUCAGUCUUCAAGAUGUAGAAGAAAUUGUAGAGAAUUCUGACAAUUGUGAAGAGAGGGAAGAUACACAGGACUCUGACCACUGCCACACAUCUCCGCAAGAAAACAUGGACAGCUUAUUACACCAGUGCUUCUUUCAUGCUCUGAAGUACAAGGUGAAGAAGUCGGACCUUCCGCUUCUCACAAGCACCUUUCUACGAAACUAUCUCUUCUCCUGUUGCCCCGAAGGACAGCAAGUGGACAUUAAGAAGUCUAGUUACAAAAAGCUAUCCAAAUUCUUGCAGGCCAUGCAGCAGCGUAAGAUCUUGCAGGUGAAGGAGCUGAGUAAAGGAGUGGAGAGCAUUGUAGAAGUAGACUGGAAGCACCCAGAUAUCAGAGCUUUUGUUGCCCCAGCUCCGGUUCUGCUUCCUUCUGCAACUGCUGAAGGAGAGCACCUGUAUCAACCACCUGAAAUUGUCUCCCUCUAUGGAAUCUCCACAAAGAUGACACCUCUAUUUCAGGAAUCGGGACACAGGAAAGGUGACCUCCUCACUCAGACCGAUGUCAGAAGUGUCAUCAUCACUUACGUAAAGAUCAAUGAACUAGUCCACCCUGACAACAAGAACUUUGUGACCGUAAACCCUAUUAUAUGUGAUUGCCUGCUGGACAAGUCGGAGCAAAAUGACAUUUUACUUCUAAAGUGGGAUGAUCUAGUGACACGGUGUUUGGAGAGAAUGCAACAUUCAUACCAAGUGACUUUCCCUGGCUGCUCCCCAGUAAUUCGAAAGGGAUAUAUUGAGCCCAUUGAUAUCAGUGUGGCACAAAGGGCAUCAAACAAAAAGAUCACUAUGAUUAAGAACCUGGAGCUGUAUGGCCUAGAUCCUACUUUGGUUGCCAGUUUAUUGCAACAAAGAGUUCAGGCCAGCGCCACCCUUAUAGUCCUCCCUGGAACGAAGGACCGAGUUCAGGUGCAAAUUCAGGGCAACCAGGUGUCACAGACUGGCAAAUUGCUGAUAGAAUAUUUUAAGAUCCCCCGGAAGUAUGUGAGCGGCUUAGACUUGGCAGCGAAACCCAGCAAGAAGAAAUGACACACCUGUACCCAUCAAUACACAUGGGUCUAUCCAGACUAGUAUAGUAACAAAUCUCUGCGAAGUAAACCCAUCAACUAUAUCAUAGUCUCAUAUGGCCCUUUACAGAGAUUAUUUUUUGAGGCUUUGUGACUGCAGCACAAUGGUAUACAUUCACAAGGAAAGGAAAAAGUAUAAAUUAUGGAAGGAAAUGUAACACAGACAACUCCACAUGUUAAUUUUAAUAAUCCCGAAAAAGGUAAAACAGACUGUGGUUUUAGAAUUGAUUACAAGACAAACUACAUUAUUUCCAACUAGAAUAAUUAGAUUUUUCACUGCCAGGCAUUUUUAUUUUAUUUUUUUAAACUAGCUAAAUAUUAAAACCAAAUAUAUGUGAAAAAAAGUGUCAAUAAUAAAAGUAUUAUAUGGGUCUA